AUGAUUUUGAAGGAUCAUAUGAAGACUGGACAUAUGGACACUGAAGACGGUCUGACAGUGGCGGCUGUCAAGGACUCUGGAGAGUGGCACCUGGAGGCUGGAGCCCUCGUUCUCUCUGAUGGAGGCCUGUGCUGCAUCGAUGAAUUCAACAGCAUCAAAGAGCAUGACCGCACUAGCAUCCACGAGGCCAUGGAGCAACAAAACCACCAGCGUGGCCAAAAAUGGUGUGCAAACGUUCCAUACACCACCAUCCUGGCAGCUACUAACCCAAGGGGGCAGUAUGACCCUAAUGUGUCCGUUUCUGUGAAUGUGGCCCUCGCCAGCCCCCUGCUGAGCCGCUUUGACCUCGUACUGGUUCUGCUGGAUACUAAAAACCCAGAAUGGGACAAAAUAAUCUCCUCCUUCAUCCUACAGAAUAAAGGAGCGCCGAGUGAGUCUUCAUGUUUAUGGAGUAUGGAGAAGAUGAGGGCCUAUUUCUGUCUGAUCAAGACUCUUAAGCCUUGUAUGACACAGGAAGCAAACACCAUCCUGAGCCGCUACUAUCAGCUGCAGAGACAGAGUGACAGCCGUAACGCCGCCCGGACGACCAUCCGCAUGCUGGAGAGUCUCAGCCGUCUCUCUGAGGCUCAUGCCAGGCUGAUGUUCAGAGAGACGGUGACAGUAGAGGAUGCGGUUGUUGUGGUGUCCGUUAUGGAGUGCUCCAUGCAGGGAGGCGCCCUAACUUGGAAAUGUGAAUGCUCUGCACACCUCUUUUUCCUGAUGACCCCUAUGAACAGUAUAAAACACAGUGGCUAA